AUGGGUCGCCAAUUCGACCAGCCCCUUCUGUGGCUGGAUUGUGAAAUGACCGGCCUAGACCCGCUUCACGACCGGAUCUUGGAGGUUGCUUGCAUUCUAACCGACGGAGAGCUCAAGUACAUGCAAGAAGGGCCCUGCAUGGUGCUGCAUUGCCCUAAAGAAACACUCGAGGAAAUGGGGUCUUGGUGCCGAGAGCAGCACGGAAAUUCAGGCUUGACGGAGGCCUGUCUACGAGCGACGCUGACGGCAAAGGACGCGGAGCAGCGCAUAAUAGCUUUCUUGAAGCAGAACAGCGUGGGAGCGAAAGAGGCGGUUCUGGCUGGUAACUCCAUUCACAUGGACAAAGAGUUCUUGAGAAAGGAGAUGCCAGCCCUUCUUGAAUUUCUGCAUUAUCAAAUCUUGGAUGUCUCGAGCAUCAAGAUCCUGGCGCAGUCUUGGUUCCCUACGGUCGCUCCACCAAAGAAGCUCUAUAUGCACAGGGCACUUGACGACAUCAAGGAAAGCAUCCAGGAGCUCGUCUAUUACCGCAAUAAGAUUUUCAAGUGA